UACCAUAACGCUGCCUGACUCAGUUCACACAAGAGGUGGGCGUUCAUCAGCUCCACUUUCAAAAUCACUGCAAUGAACAACAAUGAAUGCAGUUUCUUACGUCGCCGAGCACCUUUAAGGAAUGACGCGCGGAUGGUGACCUUUGCGCGACGGUACGAGAAGAUCGCGGAUGCCAAACGCGGCGCGUCACCUGCGUGUCCGAUGCGUAAAAGCGCGCAAUGACAACAAAACGCGCACACUGCGGUUCCGCCGCGCUUCAUCUGAAUCUGGAAAUUAGGAUUAGGAGGUUGUUGGGUGAAGCGAAUCGCCCUCCUUUGUUCGUGCGGAUGAGGGUCUGACGCGUUCCCGGGGGAUUUUCAGUCGCGGUUCGAACGCUGGAAACACACACACACACACACACUCUCUCUCUAUUCUGCUAUGACUUCCUGCAUGCGUCUGUACUGUGAUUUGAUUGCUCUUCGCAUGCUGCUGCUGCUGCUGCUCAUCUCGGUGCUGUUCGUGUUUGUGAGGUCCGAUUCGGCGGAUAACCGAUGCUUGUCGUCCCUCAUCUCCACAUGUGAAGACUGUCUGAGACGCGGCCCUGAAUGUGCGUGGUGCUCUCAGGAGAGGUUUCUGGACGGGGCUCAUGUAAGUCAGCGAUGCGGAUAUGUGUCUGACCUGCGAGUCCGGGGCUGUGAAGAGGCUUUUAUCCAGAACCCGAAUGUGAAAGUGGAAGUAAAUGCCACUAUCGGCAGCUCACAGGUGUCACCGAGAGAGAUUAACAUCCACCUACGACCAGGCGGCGAGGCGUCGUUCGUGGUGGAGGUGCAGCAGUUGGAGCGCUAUCCUGUGGAUCUGUACUAUCUAGUGGACGUCUCGGCCUCCAUGCAGGAUAAUCUGGACCGGCUGAAGACGGCGGGUCUGGCUCUGUCUCAUCUGAUGAAGGAGCACUCCAGCGACUUCAGAGUGGGCUUCGGCUCGUUCGUGGAUAAACCGCUGUCUCCUUACAUUGACGUCCAUCCCUCCAAACUCCUGAACCCCUGCAGGAGAAACAUUGAUUAUGAGGUGAACUGCAGGCCGGCUCACGGCUUCAUUCACGUCCUCCCCAUCACACACAACAUGACGGAGUUCACGCGGGUCGUCCAGGAGCAGAGGAUCUCCGGGAACAUGGACACGCCGGAGGGAGGCUUCGACGCCAUGCUGCAGGCCGCCGUCUGCCAGAAAGACAUCGGAUGGCGUCCCGAAGCGAAGCAUCUGCUGCUGGUUAUGACAGACCAGCCGUCUCAUCUGGCUCUGGAUGGUAAACUGGCCGGUAUCGUGGUUCCUCACGACGGCCGCUGCCAUCUAGAGGAUAACAUCUACUCCCAAACCACUACUAUGGAGCACCCAACAAUCGCUCAGCUGGCCGAGAAGCUUCUGGAGAACAGCGUUUACUCCAUCUUUGCGGUGGACCAGGUGCAAUAUCGGUGGUAUGAGGAUCUGCUGGACUUGAUUCCUGGAAGUUACGUGGGCCGACUCUUUCCCAAAGCAUCUAAUCUAAAAGAUUUAGUAGUGCAUGCCUACAAGAAGCUGCUGUCGGAUGUGGAGGUGCAGAUCGGGCUGGAGGACAGCCAGGCUCAGCGCUUCCGGGUGAGCGUCACGGCCCUCUGCCCCGACGGAUCCACUGUCUCUGGAAACACGAAGUGCUCCGGCGUUCGGCCCAAACAAACAGUUUUCUUCAAGGUGACUGUAGGAAUGAGCAGGUGUCCGGCGGACGGCGGCGAUCGGGACGUUGUGAUGUCCGUCAGGCCCGUGGGCUUUAACGAGUCCGUGAGCGUCCGGAUCCGUCAGAUCUGUGUCUGCGGCUGCGCUCAGACGGGCCACUGUCGUGAUGACCCCUCGUCCUCGGACUGUCCCGCGGACACCAGCGCCUGUAGAGCGCUCCGGAGCGCAGCCGUCUGCAGCGGACGAGGGGUCUGUAAGUGCGCGACAUGUGUGUGUGACUCCAGCAGACUGGGAAACAUCUACGGCAAGUUCUGUGAGAUGGACGACUUCUCCUGUCCGUAUGUGAAGGGCCUGGCGUGUGGAGGACACGGCCGGUGUGUUUCGGGUGAAUGUGUGUGUCUCCCUGGCUGGACAGGCGAGUCCUGCGACUGUCCCGUCUCCACCGAGAGCUGCGUGUCAGACGACGGCUUGAUUUGCAGCGGCUGGGGAAAGUGUGUGUGCGGCAAGUGUGUGUGUGACGACGCUCGGCGAUCUGGAGCCUUCUGUGAGAAAUGCCCCAUCUGCUACAGCUCCUGUCAAUCACACUGGAGCUGUGUGAAGUGUCACCUGUCUAGUGGACUGGGAUCAGACGCGCUGCAGCUCUGUAAUCACAGCUGCGCUCCAGCGGUGGAGUAUGUGGACGACGUCACAGUGUGUGUUUGGAGUCGGCGGUACUUUAAGACGUUCCUCAGCACCUUCCUUCUGACCGUCACGCUGGGAAUCGGCAUGCUGGCCGCCAUCCGACAGCUGCUGAGAGCUAGAAACUGCUCGUGGCAGUCCAACUCUGAGCAACAGUUCGACCACAGUCGUAAGAACUCAUACGUGCCCACGACCAACGAGAAGACGAUCACAUACAGGAGGGACCGUCUGCCGAAUCACCCGGUGGAGAUGCACUCACACGUGCCCAAGAAGCCCCUGAGCGACGCCUGGCAGUGACGAUGAGGGUCAAAGGUCGUCUAGAACCGAAGCACUACCUGAAUGAAAACACAAUCUUUCUCUUUAAGCACUUACUUCACGAGAACAAUAUCCAGUGUGGGUUUUCUGAGGGUGUUUUUCAUUCCGUUUCUCAUGAUUUAUGAUGUUGAAUGGCAUUAAAUCUCUUGUCCUGAAGCCACACAGAAAAAGAGACGGUACGGUAAACCCUUAAUGAUGUGCUUUAGAUGCACGCGUUCACCUCAAUAGGCCAGUUUUCUGCUGAGUUACUGUUUGUUUGCGUCUGUGAGCGGAUGUGAAGGUGUGUUUGUGAUACUUUUACUUGUUUUAUUUUAAUCGUCAAUACGCUACAGACUCUGGCUGUGUUCAGAAUAGUGUACUUGCAUACUGCGCGUACUAUUUCUGCAGGAUGCAUGCAGAAAAUACACCGACCAGUGCAACGGGCUUGACACUUCCAGUAUAAUGAUGCUUUGUUUGGACUUUAUAAUUAUAUUAUUAAUAAUUAUAUUAUUAAUUA